GUUCUUGUCUUUGAUUUAUAGAGAGAAAUGUAUGACACUGAAAUCAAUGGUUUGAAGAACGAGCUGGAGAGCACAUAUGGCUCCCUGAAAAAGGCCGAGGUGGAGAUUGAGGCCAAAACCCAGCAGCUGGUAGAAUAUCAAAAAGAAAUGAUUCAACAAACAGAGAUUCUAAAGCAACACAAGGUCCAAACUGAGGAAAUUAUUAAAGCCAAGGAUGACCUUAUAGAAAAAUUAAGAAAGGAGAUCAAUGAGCAGAGAGCAGCCAUUCAGCAGGAGAUCCAGGAUCUUAAGAUUCAGCUGGAGCAAGUUGAGCAGCAGAAAAGUGAGCAGAUGACCAGACUACAACAGCAUAUCGCUGCAUGUGAAAACGAAAUUGAAAAACUAAAGGAAAUUAAGAAGGACAAGGAAGGCCUUCUUCUCCGUACUGAGGAGAAUGUGAAAUGUCUUGAGACUAAGCUAUCUGCUGCUAGUUGUCUCUUGGCCGAUAAAGACCAACAAAUUAACAGUCUCAGAAAAGAAGUUUCGGUCCUUACAGAUAAAACUCAAAACCACACAAAUGAGAUUCAAACUAAAGAGGAAUUGCUCGCCAGAUUACUUUUGGAGAAGUCUAACGAUCAAGGCAUUUUUAGCCUGAAGAUCCAGACCUUAUCGGUCCAGGUGGGAGAACUCAGCUUGUCUCUCAAACAGGCCGAGCAGGAAAUACAACUAAAGCAAGAACAAUUGGCUAAAACCCAACGAGAGAAUGUCCAACAGAGAGAGGUGCUCCAACAACAGAUUGUAACCUGCAAAGAGGAGGUUCAAAAGUUAAGUGAAGAGAUGCAGGUAAAAAACCAGCAGCUUAGUGUUCUAAAGAAGGAAAGCUCUCAACAGGUUGAAUCGCUGGAGCAAGAGAUUACCGCUCUGAAGGGCCAGCUGGAACGUUUGAAUGAAUCUCUCCGAAAGGCUGAAGGUGAAGUUCAGGCUCAGAAAGUUCUGCUUACAAAGCAAGAGCAGCAAAGUGCUCAUCAGACUGAUGCCUUGCAUCAGCAACUAUUGGCUUCUGAAGAGAGGGUGAGGAUUGCGAAGCAGGAGAUCCAGACUAGAGAGGAACAGAUGACCAUGUUGAAAAAUCAAUGUUCACAGCAGUCCGAACUUCUACAUCAAGAGAUACAAGAGUUAAAGAAGGAGAUCGAGCGUCUUGGUUCCUCACUGAAGGAUGCAGAGGACACUUUGCAAUCCAAAGACCAUCUGUUUGCUGAACAACAGCUACAGAGCACUCGUGACGUGGAGUCCCUCCAGUCCCAGAUGGUAGCAGCUCAAGAGGAGGUGCAGAGACUUAAUACAGUGGUUCAUGCUAAGGAGGAGCAACUAAUCCUCCUGAAGACUGAGACCACUACGCACUCUGAAUUGUUACAGCAAGAGAUUGAAAGUCUGAACAAACGUGUAGAAAAUGUGACCAAUUCUCUUGAGGUUGCAGAGAACCAGGCUCAAGCCAAAGAAGACCUGAUGGCCCAGAAGGAGCAGGAAAGCACAUUGCAGAUGGAGGUACUUGGAAAGCAAAGUGCUGCUCUUGAAGAGGAGGUGAAACGGCUGAGGGAGGAGAUCCAAACUAAAGAGGGCGAGGUAGACCUGUUAAAGGCUGAUAGUUGCAAAGAGUCAGAAGUGCUUCAGAACGAGAUCCAAAGUCUAAACAGCAGAGUCCAGAUUUUGAAUGAAUGCUUGAAGAAUACAACGGAGCAGCUUCAGGUUAAAGAAAACCUUUUGACUCAGAGAGAAAUGGAGAUUUCUGAAGAAAAGGACAAAUUUGUAAGCAUGAUCACCACCUCUGAAGAGGAGGUGAGAAACCUUAGAGAUCAGAUCCAGACUAAAGAGGAACGACUGGCCACUCUAGAAAGAGAAGGCUCCACACAUUCUGACCGGCUGCAGCAAGAAAUUGAAAGUGUAAAAUCCCAACUUGCUAAUAUGGCCGAGUCCCUCACAAAGGCUCAGGAGGAGGUUCAAGCUCAGGGUUUAAGGUUUACCCAACAAGAGCACGAGACUGCUCAUCAGAAGGAGCUUCUCCAGCAGCAACUUUCAUCAUCUGAGGAAGAGGUGAAGAAGAUGAAAGAGGAGAUCGAAGCUAAGGAGGAUCAGAUGAGACUGCUGAAGACUGACUGCUCUGUGCAGUCAGAUUUGAUUCAAAAGGAGAUGCAUGAGUUAAAGAAGGAGAUUGAGCGUCUUGGUUCCUCACUGAAGGAUGCAGAGGACACUUUGCAAUCCAAAGACCAUCAGUUUGCUGAACAACAGCUACAGAGCACUCGUGACGUGGAGUCCCUCCAGUCCCAGAUGGUAGCAGCUCAAGAGGAGGUGCAAAGACUUAACACAGUGGUUCAUGCUAAGGAGGAGCAACUAAUCCUCCUGAAGACUGAGACCACUACGCACUCUGAAUUGUUACAGCAAGAGAUCGAAAGUCUGAACAAACGUGUAGAAAAUGUGACCAAUUCUCUUGAGGUUGCAGAGAACCAGGCUCAAGCCAAAGAAGACCUGAUGGCCCAGAAAGAGCAGGAAAGCACAUUGCAGAUGGAGGUACUUGGAAAGCAAAGUGCUGCUCUUGAAGAGGAGGUGAAACGGCUGAGGAAGGAGAUCCAAACUAAAGAGGGCGAGGUAGACCUGUUAAAGACUGAUAGUUGCAAAGAGUCAGAAGUGCUUCAGAACGAGAUCCAAAGUCUAAACAGCCGAGUCCAGAUUUUGAAUGAAUCCCUGAGGAAUACAACGGAGCAGCUCCAGGUUAAAGAAAACCUUUUGACACAGAGGGAAACAAAGAUUUCUGAAGAAAAGGACAAAUUUGUAAGCAUGAUCACCACCUCUGAAGAGGAGAUGAGAAACCUUAGAGAUCAGAUCCAGACUAAAGAGGAACAACUGGCCACCCUAGAAAGAGAAGGCUCCACACAUUCUGACCGGCUGCAGCAAGAAAUUGAAAGUCUAAAAUCCCAAAUUGCUAAUAUGGCCGAGUUCCUCACCAAACAAGAGCAUGAGAGUGCUCAUCAGACCGAGCUUCUACAGCAGCAACUGUCUUCUUCUGAGGAAGAAGUUAGGAAGAUGAAAGAGGAGAUCCUAGCUGGAGAAGAACAGAUGCGACUGUUGAAGACUGACAGCUCGGCGCAGUUGGAAUUGCUCCAUUCAGAGAUUCAAAGUUUAACGGUCCAGGCGGAGACUCUUUGCUCCUCGCGGAGAAAAACCGAGGAGGAUCUGCAAGCCAAGGAAACAAUCGUAGCUCAACAAGAGCAGGAAAUUACUCAACAGAGGGAGGCUCUCCAAAGCCUACAGGAGAAAGUCAAACAAGUGGAGGUUCUGAAAGUACAGAUUUCUUCACACGAAGACGAGGUUAAAAAGCUCAAGGAAUUUGAGAGUGAGAAAGCGAGUCUCCUCCUCAAUGCUGAGGAAAAGCUUCGGCUUCUCCAGACAGAGUUGUCUGCAGCCAACAAACUCGUAACCGAUAAUGAACAAAAUCUGAUCACUCUCAGAGAGGAGGUUGCCGCACAAGCCGACUUAGUUCAAAUUGCUAAAGAGGAAGCCGAAGCCAAUGAGAAAAAUCUGGCGGAGUUGAAGGCUAAGUGCACCAACCAAAACGAUGUUCUUCAACACGAGAUUCAGUGUCUGAAAGGGGAAAUGGAAGACACUUCUCUGAAGCUUCUGGCUGAAGAGCAGAUGUUACUUGAAACCCAGCGGGAGUCUGCCGAGCAGAUCGACGUCCUCCAGCGGCAGCUCGUCUCCACGACUGCAGAGCUGAAACGCUACGAAGAGGCAAAAGCGGCAGAACUCUCGCUGAAAGAGGCUGUUCACGCCGCCACCAUUAAGGAAAAGGAGGCGCUUGUUCAGGAAAAAGAAGUCCUCAUAGCCAGGCUGUUCCAGGCAGAAGACAAUCGGAAAACUCUGGAGAAACAACUGGAAGUCACGUUGAAUGAGAAGGAGAGACUUCAUCAAGCCAAGGAGGCCACGGAGCGAGAGAACGCUGCCUCCCGUCAUUUAGAGUCCGUGCUUCAUCAGGAGCUGGAGGGCUUGAAACUGGAAAAAGAGAAACUCGUGAAAGAGAAAGAAAAGGCAAUUGAGAUGCUGAAGGGAGACCUGCAGGAGCAGCUCUCCGCUAAAUCGGAGGCCGCGGAACACUACAAGGCUCAGAUGGAGAAGGCCGUUAGUCAUUACAACGGAAAGAAGCAGCUUCUCCAGGAAAGCCACGGCGAGGUGGUCGAACUCAAGCAUUCCUUGGAGGUUAAAGAGCGAGAAGUCAAGGCUGCUACCAUGGAAAACCAGCUGCUCAUACUGGAUUUGGACAAGGCCCAAACCAACGAGAAGGCACUUCUGAGCAGGGUGGCCAGUUUGGAGGCGCAGCUGGCUUUUGCAGACCGUAACCUGCGGGAACAGAACAAGAUUCACGGUAACGGAAGAAGUGCAGCGGAGUCGUGCUACCUGGAGGUCCCCUUCGCUCUACCGAGUGUGGACACGAGAGCACCGGUGAAGAGAACCAUCAGCUCUGACAGCCUGGACCAGAGCUCUCUGGAAGACUCUCUGAACACCACAAGGAAACUUUCAGAGCCCGACGAAUCGAGCACACCGUUUGUCCGCAGUUCAGAGCGAUUGGCAGCGAAACGCAGAGGUUUAAAGGCCGAGUCUCUGGAAACCCUGUACUUUACACCGAUAAACACCAGACAGGUCAACAGAGAGCACAAAAUGGAGAUGGAUUCGGCCCAGAGAAAUCCAUCUUCAUCCGUCAAACGACGAAGGACCACUCAGGUUAUUAACAUCACCAUGACCAAGAAAACCCCAGGCGGCGGUGAGGAUGAAGAGAGUUUCUACAGUCUGGCCCCAGCUCGCUCCCAUCCGAACCUCAACGGUGCCCGACCCGCCUCUCUGGAGCUGUUCGACACACCUGCCAGGAUGACCGGCGCUGCCAGCGACCAGCUCAUCGGUCUUCCAGGCUACAGACGCAGCACGGUCCACUUGCAGACCGGCAGCACGUUCUGUGCGGGGGUAGAGAACGAGCCCGAGGGGGCCCCGGAAGACUGGAGGAGGAUUGCUGAACUCCAGGCCAGGAACAAGGCCUGCCUUCCUCAUCUUAAGAGCAGCUACCCUGUGGAGUCUGAUACCGGCCGCACCACUGCAUUCCUUUUCACGGACGAGGAACUCCGCAUGGGUGACCCGUCUGACACGAUCCGUCGGGCGUCCACGAUGCCCGGCCAGCUGCAAGACUCUCUCACCUCCCACCGGCACUCCCUGAUGCUGGGACACUCUGGCGCCGCCGCCGGUACUCGCUCGCACCGUCUGUCCUUGAUGCCGGGCCAGUUGCCGUCCAAUACCGUCAGCUACUCUCAGCUGAGAAGCCCCACCGGCGCCAAACGCUCUGCAUCUACGUUGUCUGUCCAUCAAACUUCACCCGAGAAAAAGGUGAAGGCCAGCUGCUUCCCACGUCCACUCACUCCCAAAAACAAGAUCAGCGGGCCUUCAAGUGCUCAUCUGCGCCCUGCCCUCAGUCCAGCUGGUCGGAGGGAGUCUAUGAUGUUCAGUAUUGAAAACACUCCUAAAAACAGCAACUACCUAAAGAAAGGGCUGAACAAACUACGCAGCUCCACUCGGAAAUCUCCGGGCAAAAGUUCAAAGAAGUCGCCCGCUGAGACAUCGGCACGUAAGUGCCAAGAAAACGUUCCCUCGAGAAAUGUCCGCACUGGAGUGGUACGAGCGGGCAGAAUUGUCAGCUCGAAGUCUCCCCAGGUGGCAUCGAAAGGACAGAGAACCGCCAGCAGGUCUGCAAAGUCUCCUCUGACGGCUAGUGCUCGCAAGAAUUUGGCAUCGGUCAAAGAAGAAAAUCUUGCUGGAAGUCUUAAAAGAUGAUGAGCAAGUUGAAGGUGUGAGGACUGAUUCCCAAAUUGGAUUCAUAAUUGUCUACAGUUUUUCUUGAUUAUAUCCCCCUACCCCCUCCACGAUGUUCUUAUAUUGUUGUCCUUCAGGGCUUCUUAUAAUCUUUUUUUAAUUUACUUUUAUUUCCUCUGUAUUAUAUUUACAUGUUUGUCAAUAAAACGAUUUUAAAUGGCUCACUUUG